UGUUCUCAAUGCACGGUGGGAUGUAACGCACGAGGAGGAGAUCCCGAUCAGUGUACUUAACCCACAAUGAGGAGCAGCAGAUCCAAACUCUGAGAAACGAUGCAUACGGAUUCAUUUAUACACCAGAUAUAAACAAUGCCUCCGUGACGUAAGGCGUGACGAUACUCGGUAGCAUUGUUUCACAAUCUUCAAGAUGUACAGAGUUGCAUUCCAUGUUAUCAAACGUCGAUGACUUGUUCAUUUGGAUGGUCAAUGUCUGUGUAUCAACGCAAGAAACCCUUUAAUAGAUUAUAGCAAGUUGAUGAUAGAAUAUGGCUUGGCCACAACUGCUGAGAAAUUUCUAUUGCUUAUUUGCUUUACCCCCUGGUAUCUCCCGCAUCACUUCUGCAAACCUGGAAGAAUCGCGAGAAAUGGAGGAGCCCAACGGCCGACGCUUCAGUUCAUCUCUUUGUCUUUAUUACUUGUAUUGCUAAAGGAUGAAGUAGCAGCAGCAUCAUCAUCUCUGGCAUUACCUGGGUGUCAGGACAAAUGCGGCAACGUCAGUAUUCCCUAUCCGUUCGGUAUUGGAUCUAACUGUUCCAAAAACUCCUCGUUCGAAGUUUCUUGUGAUUCGACUGCCGCCGCCGGUUAUACCCCCACUAUUAGCAUUGGGCUUCCUCCAGCUUCGGAGGUGGUAGAAAUAUUGCCUGAAAACAAAGUUAAGAUCAUUACCGACAGACUCUGGCUUUUCAAUGCUAGUGAAAAUGAAAGUAACUACUUUCUCAACUUGAUAGGCACUCCCUUCUACCUAUCACAAGACCGUAACGUAUUCACGACUGUGGGUUGCGAUAUCCUUGGCUACAUGAUAAGUGGUGGUAUACGCGUCGGAGGCUGCCUGUCARCUUGUAUAUUMAUGUCCGGAACCGUUGAGGUCAAUAAACGCGUUAGGAUCGCACCAACUGGUUGCAACGGUGGUUAUGGUUGUUGCCAGACUUCUAUCUUGCCGCUCCUUCAGUACCUCGAACUGCAAUCAAGUCGUGAGACAGCUUUAAAUGACACCGCGUACGCUUUCAUAGCUGACAAGGAGUGGCUCGGGAAUGAUUUUAAUGUUACCGCAUAUAGGGAAAACCCUACGGCGGAGCGCCCAGUGGUGCUGGAUUGGGUUAUUGGGAAUGGGACCUGUGAGACCGCUAAUCCCUCGUCCAACUGUGGCCCCAAUUCCUACUGCAGGAAUGUCACCUCUGGAGAUGGAUAUGCUUGUUUCUGUAACCGCGGCUAUGAGGGGAAUCCUUAUCUUCSACAAGGUUGCCAUGAUAUUGAUGAAUGCGCGGACACAAAGACCAACGAUUGCGGAUGGACUUGUGUAAAUGGACCUGGGAAUUAUAGUUGCUCCUGUCCACMUGGUUAUCACGGCGAUGGGAAGAAAAUUGGAGUUGGCUGUAUGAAGGAAAAUGAGGUUGAAAGAUAUAUUCCUUGGGUAAUAGGUAAUCCCCUGCUUUUUCUCACAUCUAUUAGUGAACCGAUUUAGGUACGUCGAUCCUUUAUCUUUCAAUUGGUAGGUCGAUGAUACACACUUGUGUAUCAACUCCAAAAUCUUUAGAAAACAGAAGAAUUGGGAAAGUCUCAGACUCUCAGGGAGGGACCUAAGUCUCAGACUCUCAGGUUCCAGUGGUGGUCCCAGAGAAAUCCAUUUGAGACCUCUUGAAAAGCACCUUUGGCCCAAGAGAGGUUAGGAUCCAUAAAAAUUUACUUUAUAAUUUAGAAAUUCUUGGGAGUCAAGUGGUGUCCAAACGUUGGUAGAUAGGAUCUCUUUGUAUUUUACUUUAUAAUCAAUAAUUAAAGGACCUUACUGUUGAAUUGUUAA